ACCUCUCUUUCUCACUGAGCAUUUCGUAAACUCUGGUGACGUUUAGCUGAACUCAGGUUUAAAUGGAAGUGAGCUCACAGUUUCUCUGAGGGCUUCACCUCGUCGUGUUCAGGAUGGUGGUGGCCACAGCUGCCCUGCUGCUCUCAACUCUGCUGCUUUUCACCUUCUUUUUCUUCAGACGCUCACGGAGGAGGAGUGAGCCUCCUCUGGAUAAAGGACGAGUCCCCUGGCUUGGUCAUGCUCUGGAGUUCGGGAGAGAUGCUGCUCAGUUCUUAAACAGGAUGAAACACAAGCAUGGAGACAUCUUCACUGUUUGUGUGGCUGGACAUUACGUGACUGUGCUGCUGGACUCCAAUUGCUAUGAUGCUGUUCUCAAGGACACACAGUCUCUGGAUCUGAGGCGUUACGCACAGGUUCUGAUGGAGAGGAUCUUCAGCCUUCGAUUGCCGAAUCAUGACCCAGAGUCUGAGAAGAUGAUGAUGGAAAAGCAAUUUAAAGGAUCCCAUCUCACCCAACUGUGCCGCUCCAUGCAGAAAAAUCUCAACUUCCUCCUGGCAUCAGAAACCACACAGAACCCAGCCGAGUGGAAAAAGGACAGGCUCUUCAACUUCUGUUACAAUGUGCUCUUCAAGGCUGGCUACCUCACCCUGUUUGGCACAAAGAACAACAACUGUGCUGAGUUAACUGAAGUUUAUGAGGAAUUCCUGCGGUUUGACAAGCUUCUAGCUAAACUGGCACGGCGCUCUGUGCAGAAAGGUGAGAUGACAAUUGCCAGCUCAGCUCGAGAGCGACUGUGGGACCUGCUAUGUCCAGCCUGGCUUGCUAAGGGGGCGGAGCCAGAGUCGUGGUUGCAGGCCUACCUACACCACUUAAAUGAGCAGAGCCUGGACAGCCACACCCAGAGACGAGCCUUGCUGCUCCAGCUGUGGGUUACACAGGGUAAUGCAGGUCCUGCUGCGUUCUGGCUGCUAGGCUUCCUGCUCACCCACCCCAAGGCUAUGAGAGCAGUGAGAGAGGAGCUGCAAGGCUUACAGCACCUCCCUCUGGACGAGAGAGAGAACACUCCAGUGUUCAACAGUGCCCUGAAGGAGACUCUACGCCUCACCGCAGCCGCCCUCAUCACCAGAGAUGUGGUACAGGAGAAAACAGUGCGUCUGAGCAGUGGCAGGGAAUACACUCUGCGACGUGGAGAUCGUCUUUGUCUCUUCCCCUUCCUGAGCCCACAAAUGGACCCGCUGAUCCAUUCUGAACCAGAGAAGUUCAAGUUUGACCGCUUUCUAAAUGCUGACGGGACAGCGAAGAGCGAGUUCUUUAAAGAAGGUCUGAAGAUGAGGUAUGGCACCAUGCCAUGGGGAGCCGGGAGCAACCUGUGUCCUGGGCGUCAUUUUGCUAUUAGUGCUUUAAAACAAUUUGUCUUCAUCUUUUUGAAGCAGUUUGAUCUGGAGCUGUGUGAUCGUAACGCGAGCAUGCCACCAGUGGACUCCAGCCGCUAUGGGUUUGGGAUUCUUCAACCAGAUGGAGAUUUGGAAAUCCGCUACAGACCUAGAAAAUGACUCCACAACAUCUCAAAUCCCAUUAGUACUGUAAAUAAUUCAGUAGUUUGCCUGUUUAUUUAAAUAUCUGCUUUUGUGUGUUCUUCAUUUUUGUAAUGUUAUUUUUUGUACGAUCUGUUAUUUAUUGGAAUAAUAAAGGUUGUCACAUGUUUUAAACACA